CUGAUCUUCCCCAGCGAUCUUUUUUCUUUCCCAAGUCUCUUCUUUCAUCCUUCUUUGCUGCCCAACAACUACUUCUUCCGCCGGUCUAUCCGCUUCCCCCUACCAAUCCCCUUCACACAAUCACAAUGGCCUCUGAAAAGCCCCGUGUCUGUCUGGCCUACUCCGGCGGUCUUGACACCAGCUGCAUUCUGCGCUGGCUCAUCGAGGAGGGCUACGAUGUCGUCUGCUUCCUCGGCAAUGUCGGCCAGGAGGAGGACUGGGCCGCCGUCGAGGCCAAGGCUCUCAAGAUCGGUGCGAAGAAGAUGAUCAUCGAGGACUUGCGCCGUGAAUUCAUCACCGAGCUUUGCUUCCCCGCCAUCCAGUGCAAUGCCAUCUACGAGGGUCGCUACCUUCUCGGUACCAGCUUGGCUCGCCCCGUGAUUGCCCGCGCUCAGAUGCGCGCUGCUCAGCGUGAAGGCUGCCAGUUCGUCUCCCACGGUGCCACCGGCAAGGGUAACGACCAGGUCCGUUUCGAACUUGCCUUCUACGCCAUUCAGCCCUCCAUCAAGGUCAUUGCCCCCUGGCGUGACCCUAAGUUCUUCAAGCGUUUCGCUGGUCGCAACGAUCUGCUUGACUACGCCGCCCAGACCGGCAUCCCCGUUACUUCCACCAAGGCCAAGCCCUGGUCCAUGGACGCCAACUCUGCCCACUGCAGUUACGAGGCCGGUGUCCUGGAGGACCCCAACCACACUCCCCCCGCUGACAUGUGGACCAUGACCGCCGACCCUAUGACCGCUCCCAACGAGCCCACCGAUCUCACCAUCCACUUCGAGCAGGGUGUUCCCACCAAGCUUGUCACUCCCGAGAAGGAGUACACCGACCCCGUUGAGCUUUUCUACACCCUCAACAAGAUCGGUUUCACCCACGGUGUUGGCCGUAUUGACAUUGUCGAGAACCGUUUCAUCGGUCUCAAGAGCCGGGGCUGCUACGACUCCCCCGCCAUGACCAUCCUCCGCGAUGCCCACCUUGACCUCGAGGGUCUGGUCCUGGACGGCCAGGUCCGCGCUCUGCGUGACCAGUUCGUCACCCACAACUGGUCCAUCCAGCUCUACAACGGAUACUACUUCAGCCCUGAGCGUGAGUUCAUCGAGAACAGUCUCAAGUUCUCCCAGCGCCGCGUCAACGGUGAGGUCCGUCUCCGCUGCUACAAGGGCCACGUCUACAUCCUCGGUCGCUCCUCCAGCACCGAGAAGCUCUACUCCGAGCAGGAGGCCUCCAUGGACUCCCUGGACGACUUUGAGCCCACCGACACCACCGGUUUCGUUGCCAUCCAGACUAUCCGUCUGAAGAAGUACGGUCUCCAGAAGGCCGAGGAGGGCGAGUCCCUCAGCCGUGCAUGAAUUAUGAAUGAGCGUUAUUGAGUCAUGGGUGUAUGGGGAAACAAAAAGUAAAUAGAUCACAUAAUACCAAAGGAAUAUUUAAGGUAAUGCACUACUAUCACGGUAGACAACGAAGCCAUGACGUG